AUUUUAUCAUUAGCCAUACUAGUCAUAUAUAACUUUUCUGAGAACGUCCAAACACUAACUCAUCUAAAAUAAAUAGAAGGCGUCGGAGAAACUGUUACAAUCAUUGGUGGAAUUGGAUUUCUUUUAGAUCAAAAUUGUGUUUAACUAAUAAACAUGGACAUUGACAUCCUUGAUUUGAUUGAAGAAGAUGAAGAUGAUUCACAAGAAGAAUUAACUGCCCAAAAAGUCCUACAGAUAGUUGAACAAGCUUGGUUAAAUGAGAAAUUUAGUCCAGAGAUACUUCCACAUAAAUCAGAUUAUGUAGACUGUUUACUGGAACAAAUUAAAGAAAUGGAAGGAAAUAUAGCAGAGUUGUCAAAGUCUAAUCCAAAAUUAGACCUGCAUAAACUUGAACUGGAACGUAUAAGGUUUAUAAUAACUAGUUACUUACGGACUAGAUUAAAAAAAAUUGAAUGCUUUUGUAUCAGUAUUUUGGAAGAGGAAGCUAACCGUAGUACAAAAGAUGCAUACUUAUCUCCAGCUGAAUUACAAUUUGCUAAAGCAUUUGCACAGAAUGCUGACAAUCAUUUUGAAACAGUACUUCGUCAUAUGCCUCAAUUUUACAACAAAUUAGACAGAAAUACAAAGGUCAUUGAAUCUAACUUAAAUAGUUUUGUGUUUUUAAAGUGUAAUAAACAUAUUGAUAGUGUAGUUAUCAAGAAUUUAUUGGUGGGUAGGGAAGAAGAAAUUGUUUUAGAAAAUGGGUCUCAACAUUUAAUGCCUUACAGCUCAGUGUCAGAAUUUGUAAAAAUAGGUGUUGUACAAUUAAUAUAAUAAAAUCUUUAAAAUUUUUUUUUCGUCUAAGUUAUAAUAAAAAUUUGCAUACAAUUUUUGUAAUAAAUAAGUUUUAAUAUUGUAAUUGAUUAUUGCUUAAAUAAAAGAGUUAAUUUUAUA